CAGCAGUUGUUGUCGGGAGCGGGGGAACCUGAAAAUAGUGCUGAGAAAAAUAAGGUUUGAAAAAAGAGCAAGAGCUCUCAAAAUAGCAGCAGAAUGCACAACAACAACUAGUAGUAGAGCGCGUUCAGUGUUGUGUUUAAAAAAUUGUUUAUUUGCUUUUAUGUCAUAAUUUGAAAGCGUGCCAGUGUCGCGGCUGAGUGUGUGUGCGUGUGCGCCAAUAGGAAAGGAAACGGAACGUCUCUCCUUCGCAUAAAUUUGCACGUACGUCGUAGGGGGGUGGAGAGUGGAGAGCAGAGCCAACGGAGUGAGUGAGUGGGGGUCAAAGCUAGUUAGCGUGCUGCGGCGCGGAAUCGAUAUCGAUGGUACGCACCAAAAACCAGUCAUCCUCGUCCAGCGCCAGCAGCAGCCACAAAUCUCCAAUCAAAUCACACGGCGGCGGCGGCGGAUCAGCAGCCGCAGGAACAGCAGGCGGACAUAACUUGAGCAGGUCGUCGUCGGCGCACCGAACAUCGAUCGAUGACCGCAAGUCUGUCGCGAACGUGUCGUCCUCCUCGAACCGACGCGCAACUCCGGGCAGCUCGCCGGACGGAGACGGCGACGACGACACCACCACCACCGAUGAUCUGACCCCAACAUCAACGAGCGCGCCAAGAAGCAGCCAUCGCGGUGGCUCCUCCUCCGUGCACAAGCAGAACCUCUACGUUGUUUCAUUUCCCAUUAUAUUCCUAUUCAACGUUCUGCGCUCGCUGAUUUAUCAGCUGUUCUGCAUUUUUCGCUACUUGUACGGCGCGAGCACAAAGGUUAUUUACCGUCCCCACAGACGCGACUGCAACAUCGAGAUUGUUGUCCAAAACAACUCGAACAACAAGGAUCAGCAGCACCCACAACUAACGACGAGUCAGUCCCUCAACUAUCCCCUGGAGGUGACCAGCGGCGCGACAGCGUCGUCCGAGCAGCAAGUGCAGCAACCUCUGCCACAGCAGCGCUAUCGCGCACUUCAGCCCCUGGAAAUGGCUGGGGCCAAUCGAUCUGCUGCAGGCUACUCGCCCGGUCCCGGAGAUCCUUUGUUGGCCAAGCAGAAGCAUCACCAUCGCCGGGCGUUCGAGUACAUCUCCAAGGCGCUCAAGAUAGACGAGGAGAAUGAAGGUCACAAAGAGCUGGCCAUUGAGCUAUAUCGCAAGGGUAUCAAGGAGCUGGAGGAUGGCAUUGCCGUCGAUUGCUGGAGCGGUCGCGGCGAUGUCUGGGACCGUGCCCAAAGGCUGCACGAUAAAAUGCAAACAAAUCUUUCGAUGGCCCGGGAUCGCCUUCACUUUCUCGCGCUGCGCGAGGAAGAUUUCCAAAUGCAUCGUCUCUCGCUAAAGGAGAAACAGAAACCGAAACUCAAUCAUAGCCAGGAGCAGCAUCAGCAGCAGCCCCAAAGGCCACAGAAGGCCAGAGAAGCGGCAGCUAAUCAGCCAAUGCUGACGAAUCUCACCAAUGAUCCCGUAAAGCUGAAGACACGCAGCAGCGGCUAUGGCCCAAAGAACGGCCUUAGUACGCCCAGAGUCACUGUCACAGCCACAACUCCAUCGUCAUCGUCGUCAUCGGCCUCUGGCCGCAAGCUGACAAUCGGCACGAAGCGACCUGGCAACCUGGCCGUGGCCACCAACAAGUCACAAACUUUGCCACGAAAUCUCGGCUCAAAGACCUCCGUGGGUGCUGUCCGGCAGCCAGGCAAGACGGCAGCCACACCCCCAGCCGUGCGUCGACAAUUUUCUUCCGGUCGCAAUACACCGCCACAGCGUUCACGCACGCCCAUCAACAACAAUGGGGCCAGCGGCAGUGGCAGCGGCGCCAGCACACCCGUGGUGACCGUCAAGGGUGUGGAACAGAAGCUGGUGCAGCUGAUACUCGAUGAGAUUGUCGAGGGCGGUGCCAAGGUGGAGUGGACAGACAUUGCCGGCCAGGAGGUGGCCAAGCAGGCGCUACAAGAGAUGGUCAUACUGCCCUCCGUUCGUCCAGAACUCUUUACAGGUUUGCGUGCCCCGGCCAAGGGUCUGCUGCUGUUCGGUCCACCGGGCAAUGGCAAGACAUUGCUGGCCCGUGCCGUCGCCACCGAAUGCAGCGCCACCUUUCUGAACAUCUCGGCUGCCUCGUUGACCAGCAAAUACGUCGGCGAUGGGGAGAAAUUGGUGCGUGCUUUGUUUGCCGUGGCCCGCCACUUGCAGCCCUCAAUCAUAUUCAUCGAUGAGGUCGACUCGCUGCUCUCGGAGCGUAGCAGCGGCGAGCACGAGGCAUCGCGGCGCCUGAAGACCGAAUUCCUAGUCGAGUUUGACGGUCUGCCCGGGAAUCCCGAAGGCGACCGGAUUGUGGUGCUGGCCGCCACCAAUAGGCCCCAAGAGCUGGACGAGGCCGCCUUGCGACGCUUCACCAAACGCGUCUAUGUCUCACUGCCCGACGAGCAGACGCGCGAGCUGCUCUUGAAUCGUUUGCUGCAGAAGCAGGGCUCGCCGCUGGAUACGGAUGCUCUGCGGCGUUUGGCCAAGAUCACCGACGGUUAUUCUGGCUCCGAUUUGACGGCCCUGGCCAAGGAUGCCGCUCUGGAGCCCAUACGAGAGCUGAAUGUGGAGCAGGUCAAGUGUCUGGACAUAAGCGCCAUGCGUCACAUCACCGAAAAGGAUUUUCACAACUCUCUCAAGCGUAUUCGUCGCUCUGUGGCACCGCAGAGCCUCAAUUCGUAUGAGAAAUGGUCGCAGGACUAUGGGGAUAUAACCAUUUAAAUUCAGCGGAGAGCUGCGCUGAUUGUCUGCCUUGUCACCAGAAUCCUGCCCUGCCCCGAGCCUGCCCUGCUCCACGCUGUGAUGUGAGUGACAGAAAUUUCUCUCCCUUUUGCUGUUGCAUUAGAUUCGAUGAUCAUUCCAUUGAUCUUCCAAGUUUUACACGUUCCAUUCAACCAUUUGUUUUUGUAGGCUUACAUUUUGUUUCACAAAACUUUGUUACUUGUAUUUAAUCAAUGAAUUAUUAAUUAAUUUCUCGUUCUACCAUGCCACUGUGUCUGUGUGUUUUUAGGCCUAAGAUUUAUAUUGUAUUUUCCAAUGUUUUUAAAGCGAAACCCACUACGCCCAUUCAAGUUAUAAUCGUUUACAAGCUAAUGUACGUCUAAGUAUAAUCAUUAUAUUAGCAUUUGUUUCCAAUAUUUUCAAUGCCAAGACAGCAGCGAUGUUCGUUCAUGUACGGUAUGGCUUCUUCUAACAUUUAAUUUAGUUCUAAGUAAAUGUAUUUUGAAUUGAUUUCUGUGUCACGAGUUUCUUCCAAUCAAUAGAACCAAAACCUAUCUACUAUUUUUGUUGUACAUCAUACAGUCCAAUCGAAAACAUACGCUACACGUAAUCUAGACAUAAGCAUAGCCUUAAGAUGAAUCACAACACUAAAGCAAGGAUCAGAUUUAAGUUUUAAAUCACACAUCAACAUCAUCACAAACACUACUCUCUGUCUACCUCUAUCGAUAGAUGGAUGGAUGGAUGAAUGGUGCUUAGUUUUAGUUUUAGUUCCUCUGUUUUCAAUCAAUCAAUGUAUGUACCUACCUACUGCAGCAGUCAUAAAUACAAUCGUGUCUCC